AGCAGAGCUCUUGGUCUGGUAUGGGGACGAAUACGCCAGACAUCUGGGAAUCGGAUUUGAUCGACUGUGGAACAACAAGAGCUCUACUAAGGAGGGAGAUCCCAGCUGACACCAGCACAGGCUUUCCCCUGUCCCGAGUGUCCGUACUCCUACACGUCUCAGAUCUUCCUCCACAAACACAUGAAGAGGAGCCACGGCGACCUGUACGGCCGACUGCUGAGGAGUGGAGAAAUCAAGGUGGAGCCUAGUCUCCUCCCAUACGUCGCAGCCUCCUAUCAAGAACCAAUCGGAGCCUCCCCGGGAACCGUCCAAAGCACGAGCCAGAUUCCAGCAGAAGGAGCCGGACGCCACAGAUGUGAGAAGUGCAGUAAAACCUUUAGUCGCUCUGAUAGUCUGAAGAGACACCAGCGCAUCCACACGGGAGAGAAACCAUACCACUGUAAACAGUGUGGGGAAACAUUUAGUCUAUCUGGUGAACUGAAGAGACACCAGCGCAUCCACACAGGAGAGAAACCAUACCAAUGUAAACAGUGUGGGAAAACAUUUAGACAGUCUGGUCAUCUGACUGUACACCAGCGCAUCCACACAGGAGAGAAACCAUACCAAUGUAAACAGUGUGGGAAAACAUUUAGUCAGUCUGGUGAUCUGAAGAAACACCAGCGCAUCCACACGGGAGAGAAACCAUACCACUGUCAACAGUGUGGGGAAACAUUUAGUCUAUCUGGUGAUCUGAAGAAACACCAACGCAUCCACACAGGAGAGAAACCAUACCACUGUAAACAGUGUGGGAAAACAUUUAGUCAAUCUGGUCGUCUCAAGCGUCACACACAACUUCACAGAGGAGUCUCCACCCAAACAACCAUGUGAAGAAACUAAAUGGUUCCCAGACAUCUGUUAUUCAGAUCUAAUCGAACAUGGUCCUUGCUGUUAUAUGUUAAAAGGGCACAUGAACGGUUAAUUGUUUAUCUUAUCAACUUUAUGUAUUUAUUUAUAUUCAUGUCUGUAUGAGUGAAGGUUUUUACCCGAAAAAUAGUUUGAGAGAGAUAAUGUUAACUGAAUUAUUCUCUGACGUCAUUGUUAUAUUUAUUACAUUUGUAUGUAUUUAUUUAUUUAUCCUGUAGAAAUUCAAAUAAAAUCAGAUAUGCAGUGUUGAGAUGUCUGGUUUUGUCUGGAUAGAAUAGAUGCAGUCCAACAUGUUGGUGAAUUAUAUUUGAUAUGCUGUUAUGUAUAACGUAGAAUUCAAAGGAUGAGCUGAGGUCCCGUUACUGACCACCAGAGGGAACCACAGCUCCACGAAGAUGUUCCCCUUCCCCGGAUUCAGUGACAUUUUGAAUUAAUUAUUGAUAAUUAUGUUUCAAUCUUCCAAUAAUAAUUACUAUUCACCGUCCUUCAAUGGAAGUGAGAAAAAAAAGGAUGUCUGAUUUAAACCGUUGAAGAGGCCUGUGAUUUGGUAGGCUAAUACAGUGAACAAAUGAUAGAUAUAUCAACCAGUGGCGGUGGGUCAAUAGAGGGCGCUAGGGCGCCGCCCCUCCGUGAAAUAUUCACUUCAAUAUACAAAGCUGCAAACUUGUCGCUUUUCUGCGACAAUCGCCGUUUUCUUGGUCUAU